UUUAUUUACUUCAAAAGCAAGGCCAACUCAUGGCAACUUGCCAAUUGUUUUUCCUGAGGGCUUAAUGACUUUGCUCACAUCUUCCCUCUCUCUCUCUCUCUAUAUAUCGAUGGUGGGCGACGAGCGACCGCAAUGUGGCCGUGCAUGGACAUGUUCACUGCUUCUCAUACCCAGAUGGAACCGAGGGAACAAGAGCCCUCUCUCUCUCCUGCUCUCUCCAUUGGCAUUAGGUGGUGGUCCAAAGAGACAGUGGCGGUGGUGACCGGAGCGAACAAAGGGAUCGGGUUCGCGGUGGUCAAGAAGCUGGCUCAACUGGGUCUCACCGUCAUCCUCACGGCCAGAGAUGCCGAGAGAGGACGCCAAGCGGCCGAGUCCCUCCGAGCUCAGGGCCUAAUCGACGUCCACUUCUCUGUCCUCGAUGUCUCCGACCCUCUCUCCAUCGACGCCUUCGUCUCUUGGUUCAGGCACCAGUUCGCGGCCCUAGACAUUCUCGUUAAUAAUGCUGCUGUCUCCUUCAACGACAUACAUGAAAAUUCAGUGGAUAAUGCCGAAAUUGUGGUCAAGACCAAUUUUUACGGCUCAAAGUUGCUAACCGAAGCUCUCUUGCCCAUGUUUCGCCGUUCGCCAUCUAUCGGUCGGAUACUAAAUGUUAGCUCUCGACUCGGUGCAGUCAAUAAAGUGAGAAACCCUAACAUCAGAAGGAUGUUACAAGGAGAGAACCUAACGGAGAAGCAAAUAAUGGCCAUGGCUUGGUCCUUCCUAGAAGAUGUGAGGAGAGGGACAUGGAAGAGCCAAGGCUGGCCCGAAGUGUGGCCGGAUUACGCAGUGUCAAAGCUUGCACUGAAUGCGUACACAAAGGUCUUGGCGACCCGCUAUGACGGAUGUGGUUUGAGCGUGAACUGCUUUUGUCCUGGCUUCACGCAGACAUCGAUGACCGGUGGUAAGGGAACUCGAACCGCCGAUGAGGCUGCGGAGGUUGGUGCCAUGAUAGUGUUGCUACCGGCCGAGAACCUGCAAACUGGGAAGUUUUUUAUGGGAUGCAACCCCGUCAUAAAUUCGAAGUUAUAGAAUGAACGAGCUCUCAUGUUGAUUCAAGAUUAGAUCGUCAGUUUUAAUCAACUAAAAGUUAUCGA